CUCGCUUCAGUCCAUUGUCUCUCCACCCAGUGCAUGUAAAAGCAAGAAGACGUGAUGGCGGCAACGAGCAGUAUCCGUGCCGGCGCAUCCUACCUGGAAUCGCUCUUCGGCCUCGCCGGCCGCGUCGCCGUCGUCACGGGCGGCAGCUCGGGCAUCGGACGCGAAAUGGCCACGGCCCUGGGCAUGGCCGGCGCAACCGUCGUCAUCGUCGCCCGCCGCCCCGACCCGGUCCACGAGACCGUCACGCACCUCCAGCUCGCCGGGAUCCGCGCCUUCGGCCUAUCUGCCGACGUGCGCGACGCCGAGGCCAUCCACGACGCCGUACUGCGCGACCACGGCGGCGUGCCCGACAUCCUCGUCAACGCCGCCGGCAUCAACCCGCGGCCGCACAUGGACACCAUCAGCCUCGCCGACUGGGACGAGACCCUGGCCGUCAACCUCACGGCGCCGUUCGCGCUGGGGCAAAAGUUCGGCCCCGCCAUGGCGGCGCGAGGCAGCGGGCGCGUCAUCAACGUCGUCAGCCAGCAGGCCUUUAGGGCGUUUGGCAACAGCGGCGCGUACGGCGCCUCCAAGGGCGGCCUCGUGUCCCUGACGCGGUCGCAGGCCGAGGCCUGGUCGCCUCGGGGCGUCCUUUGCAACGCCGUGGCACCGGGUCUCGUGGACACGGCGAUGACGACUGGCGUCAUGGCCGACGAGACGAAGGCGAGAGCGCACGCGUCGAGGACCAUGAUUGGGAGGAACGGUGUGCCCGAGGACUUUGCGGGCAUCGCCGUGUAUCUCGCGAGCGAGGCAAGCAGGGCGGUGACGGGACAGGUGUUUUUUGUCGAUGGAGGUUACUCGGCGACAUGACGUGCUCUCCUCUGGAGUAUGUGGGAUAUCACAUUCAAGUUACGGCGUAGCGCGCGGUUCUGCCCUCAGCUGCCCUUUUUGUAUAUCAACUCCGAGAUCCCGCUG